AUGCCUACCACUGAAUCUCUCGUCGAAUUGGCCAAGGGCCGCCACUCCAUCUACAAGCUGGGCAAGGAGAGCCCCGUCCCGGACUCCAAGAUCGAGGAGCUCGUCAACCAGGCUAUCCUGAGCGUUCCCAGUGCCUUCAACACCCAGUCGACCCGAUUGGUGGUUCUGCUGCACAAGGAGCACGAGAAGCUCUGGGAUAUCGCUGCCGACUCGUUCAAGCCGCUGAUUGAGAGCGGCACCCUGCCCGAGGAGACCUUCAAGAACCAGACUCAGCCUAAGCUUCAGGGGUUCAGGAAUGCGGUUGGAACGAUCCUCUUCUACGAAGACCCAGCCCACGUCAAGCCCUUCCAGGAGAAGUUCCCCACAUACAAGGACCAGUUCGUGCCUUGGACCGAGCACACCAAUGCCAUGCACCAGUACUUCCUGUGGAUCGGUCUCGAGUCGCUCGGCUUCGGCGCCAACCUGCAGCACUACAACCCGCUCAUCGAUUCCGCCGUCGCCAAGGAGUGGGAUGUCCCCACCGACUGGAGACUCAUUGCGCAGUUGGUGUUCGGUAAGCCCGAGGCGGGGGCUCAGGAGAAGCCCAAGAAGCCCGUCGAGGAGCGCGUGAAGAUCUAUGGGAGAUUGUAGAUGCUGGCGGUGUUGGUAGGAUGGGAUGGAAUGCGAUGGGAUGUUCUUCAGCGAUAGCUAGAAUAGACGGACAGACGUGUCCUUAAUUAGCGCAAUGAUGAAUUAGAGGUUUUCUUUUGU